GUGUUCAUGUCAGCUCAGCCAAUAUCCGGCACUCUGAGACAACCGUUUGCCCCAACCAAGGAUAUGGGACCUUCUGCAGAGAAAUGAGAACCAGUUCCCACGCUGAAAUAAAUGACUGAGACACCGGGUGGUCCCCAUGUCGACCCCAAAAAGCAGACAAAAACAAACGGAACCCCCGAGUCUUGGGGCGAAUCACCGAAUUGUCCUCAGGAUUUGUGCCUGGACCCACCUCUACCCGAAGUUUCGCGGCUGUGACUGGCCAAUAUUUCCAGACCUUUCCCAGCGGUCCACCAAUGGCGUUGCUCUGGUGCCUGGCUCCCGUGACACACCGCUGGCUCGCAGUGGACGGGCUGUAUUGUUUGUGUAUCCGUGUUACGGCUUACUGCUGGGUCAGGGGCAAUGUUUUUAUCAACAGCCCGCCGUUGCUCAGCCUCACCAAGAGCGCCAUGCGAGGACUAUCGAAGCAUGAAACACUCAAUUGUCGUCAAUUAAAAUCCAUAAAACAUCCAGCCUUCAGGGGAAUCGCUUUGCUUCACGUCUGUCGCGAGUCGGCGACGAGAGGAAGCCAUCAAUUAUUGUCAAUAAACCGGUCGAUCACCCACACAAGACUUGGGAACAACAAUUAAAAGCG